AUGGCGGCAUUGGCGGCCCAAGUCGCGGCGCUGGCCGCCGUCCUCCUCUUUCUCCCUUCCCUCCUCGCUCCCGUCGCCGCGCAGCAGGGCAAGGCCAAGGCCUUCUGCAUCAGCCAGUUCGCCAUCGCUAGUCAGGCUUGCUCCAUCCUGCCGCCCAGCCCCCCGGAGGACGACCAUCACCACCACCACGAUGAUGACGACGACGACGACGACGAUGACGACGACGACGACGAUGACGAGCACCAUGGCGGUGACGGUGACCGCCGCCUCCGUGGACGCCAUGGCCACGCGGCGGUCUUCAACAUCUCGUCCCUUGGCCUGAUGGCGGCAAACAACGACAGCAGCGGCGUUCACGUUGCAAGAAACGGCACAGGUCACCAUGGCGGCAACCACACCCACCGCGGGCGCGGGCGCGGACGCGGGCGUGGGCGUCUUCGUGGUACUGGACGCGGCCGGCGUGGGCGUGUGCGCGACGGUGAUGAGGACCCCGAUCAUGACGACGACCACAAGGAGGACCCCGACCAUGAUGAUGACCACGAGGAGGACCCCGACCACGACGACGACCAUGACGACGACGACGAACAUGAUGAUGAUGAUGAUGACGACGACGAUGACCACGACCACGAUAACGACAACCACGAGCACCACCACGACGAGGAGCUCCGGGCGUACCGCGACUGCUGCCGGUGGCUGCAGGAGGUGCAGAAGGACUGUGUGUGCGAGGCGCUCCUGCGGCUGCCGCCGUUCCUCGUGAAGCCACAGCACAAGUACGUCGUCCGGGUGGGGCGGACGUGCCGGAUCGUCUACCGCUGCGGCGGCGUGUAG